UCUAUUCUUCGUCGAUGAAAAUAGGGGACCUCCAAUGCCAUCUUCUUCUCUCUAUGUUCAGUCUCAGAUCAUAGGAAGAAAUUAGGAGAGAGAGAGAGAGAGAGAGAGAGAGAGAGAGAGAGAGAGAGAGAGAGAGAGAGAGAGAGAAAUGGACAUAAUAUCGCAGUUGCAGGAACAAGUGAAUUCGAUAGCUGCUUUGACCUUCAACACCUUUGGGACACUGCAAAGGGACGCUACUCCAGUCAAACUCUCUCCCAAUUACCCUGACCCGCCUCCUGCUCCGGUUCCGCCUCCUGACGAUGCUAUCAAGUUCGAAGACCAACCCAAGCUCAUGAGCGCCGCUCUCGUCAAGGCUGCUAAACAGUUUGAUGCUUUGGUGGCAGCACUUCCGUUGUCAGAUGGAGGUGAAGAAGCGCAGCUGAAAAGGAUUGAAGAACUUCAGGCUGAAAAUGAUGCUGUGGGUCAAGAACUCCAGAGGCAACUAGAAGCUGCAGAGAAUGAACUAAGGCAAGUGCAGGAAUUGUACAGCCAAGCGGCAGAUAAUUGUCUGAAUUUAAAGAAACCAGAUUAAGUAGCAACUGAAGAGACACUCCUUUUCACAUUUUCUUGUAUUGAUUCCUUAUUUACUAUCUUUAAUCUAUCUAGUUUUAGCAGUGUGGGAUGGAUGCCUCAAUGUAGGAUGGCUGUACAAUUUGGAGUAACCAAGUAUAACAAAUUUAUAAUUUCACCACCA